AGAGAAUAUUUGAGAGGGAUAGAUUAUUAGGGCAUGUGUGUGUUUCUUGGCACUACUCAUUUUCAUUUCUCUUAGCUUCUUAUUUAACCCUAUCUCUUCUCUCUUUUCCCAUUCCUCACCCUUUCCUUUCCCCUUCCCUUCCCUUCCCUUCCUUGGGAUCUGAUCUCCCUCUUCCCCUUCCGACAACUAGUGGACAAGUUCUUGAGACUUUCAAAGUGUUAGGGGUCGGGGGGUAUCAGUUCAAUUCCCGAGGGUUAUAACUUUUCAUUACAUCCACCUUUCUUGCUUUCUUUCUUUUGUUUCGUCUGUCGCAACUCUUGCCUUUCUUUCUGUGUUUUUUUGUCUGGUUCCUAGUGACCUUGUAAAGGUUAAAAGAGAGUGAACAAAAAAGUUAGAUUAAAGUUUCCUAGCCUUAAGUUGAUUUGGCGCACACACGAGGCUGGUUUUCAAUCAGAUCUGAGGAUUAACCAGUUUGAGUUGGAUAGGGUGGGGCUCUAGACAAUUAUCAAGGUUUUGAGUGUUUCUUUGGAAGAAUAUGAAUACCUUUACACACGUUCCCCCAGGCUUUAGGUUCCAUCCCACAGAUGAAGAACUUGUAGAUUACUACCUCAGGAAAAAGGUUGCUUCAAAAAGGAUAGAUCUGGAUGUCAUCAAAGAUGUCGAUCUUUAUAAAAUUGAACCGUGGGAUCUGCAAGAAUUGUGUAGAAUAGGAACUGAAGAGCAGAAUGAAUGGUACUUCUUUAGCCACAAAGAUAAGAAGUAUCCAACAGGUACUCGCACUAAUAGAGCAACAAAAGCAGGGUUUUGGAAAGCUACCGGAAGAGACAAGGCUAUUUACUCCAGGCAUAGCCUUAUUGGCAUGAGAAAAACCCUAGUCUUUUACAAAGGACGAGCCCCGAAUGGACAAAAAUCAGAUUGGAUCAUGCAUGAGUAUCGACUAGAAACAAAUGAAAAUGGAACUCCUCAGGAAGAAGGAUGGGUGGUUUGUAGGGUGUUCAAGAAGCGAAUGACAACAGUACGAAAAGUUGGUGAAUAUGAUUCUCCGUGUUGGUACGAUGACCAGGUCUCAUUUAUGCAGGAUCUUGAUUCCCCAAGGCGAAUUCCUCAGCCUUAUGCAUCAUACCAUCACCAUUAUCCCUGCAAGCAAGAGCUUGAGUUGCAAUACAAUCUGCCUCAUGACCCUUUCCUUCAGCUCCCUCAGUUGGAAAGUCCCAAAGUUCCACAAUCUGCUGCAAGUGUAAGCUGCAACUCAGUUGUUCCUUACGGUUAUGACAGGAACAAUGGAAGCACUUUGCAGUCCUCAACCCUCACACAAGAAGAGCACAUGCAGCCAGGGCAUCAGCAAAAUCUGAACUCGCUUUAUAACAACAGUGAACAAGCAGUGGAUCAAGUGACAGAUUGGCGAGUUCUUGACAAAUUUGUUGCCUCUCAGCUCAGUCAUGAGGAAGCUUCCAAGGAAAACAAUUAUCCCAAUGCAGCCACCAGCCUUCAAGUGGCUGAGCAAAUGAAUUUACUAGCCAGUGAAUCCAAAAGGCCAGAAAUUGCUCAUCAGGAAUAUGCCUCCACAUCCACUUCGAGUUGUCAAAUUGAUCUGUGGAAGUGAAAGCAUAUUCUAGCAAUUAGAGAGCAUACAUACUAAUUAUAGGAAGUACACUUAUAAGAAAAGAAGCCUUCAAUCCGGGUUGCUGUACAUAAUAAAACUAUAAUGGUAUUGCAUUAGCUAUGGGACUUCGGCUGUCCUUAAUUUGUAUUGAUUAAUACUAGGGAUGUAGUUAUUAGAUAUUGGACAUGAUGCAAGUACAAAUAAUUAGUACUUUUAGGUGGACUAUGGUCGAGUGCUCUUUGGGACUGACUCGGCCUAAUAUUGAAUGUAUUUUUCCGUAUUGCAGCUUAAUAUACAUAUCAAGGGUUUCUCUA